CUGAGACACACGAGUUCAGCUGGCAUGAGGGGACAAGUCAAAGGUGGAAGGCUUCGGGCUGGUGGGAGAGAAGGGGGCCUGGACCUGGGUUUGGAAAGGAGAAGGACAUCGUCCCUCCAGGACUGUGAGCAGGAUGGACUCCAGGCCUGGGCUCCUAGCCAGAAGCUGCAGGGGGCUUGGCCAGCAGGAGGGAGAAACAACUCAUCUGUGCCUUCCAGCUCCGAGACAGAAAAUGUCUGCUGAUGGUGGAAGCAUCCAGGCUACCCAGAACAAGGAGAGCACCCGAGAGGUUCCAGGUCAUGGGCAUCCUUGUCAACAAAUGCUUUCCGAGUUGGAGGAAGCAGUGCCUUUGGGAGCCGCUUGGGAGUCACACCACAUCAAGAUGGAGCCAGAAGAGCCGCAUCCUGAGGGAGUGCCCCAGGGGCACAGGGCUCAAGGAGCGCAGAGCCGGGCGCCUCUGAGCCAGGGCUCUAAGGAGAAAGCUCUCUUCCUGCCUGGAGGAGCCCUCCCCUCCCUGCAGGUCCCCGUGCUUGCCCGCGAGGGGAGGACCAGAGACCGGCAGAUGGCCGCGGCUCUCCUCACCGCCUGGUCCCAGAUGCCAGUGACCUUUGAGGAUGUGGCUCUGUACCUGUCCCGGGAGGAGUGGGGGCGGCUCGACCACACACAGCAGAGCUUCUACAGGGACGUCCUGCAGAAGAGGAACGGGCUGUCCUUGGGGUUUCCCUUCAGCAGGCCUUUCUGGGCCCCCCAAGUGCAGGGCAAGGGCGAGGCCUCAAGUUCGUGCCGGCGAACAGGAGACGAGGUGGAGGAGAAGACAGGAGCCAUUGAGGCGGGAGAGGAGCCCACCCCAUCCCUGGCAGCCCUUGGGGAUGCGAAAGCCUUCAGAAGCCAGGUGGGUAGAGCCCAGGGGGCCACUCUACAGUGCGGGAGGCAGGUGGCCGGCAGCCAGAGCUCAGGGCCACCCAAAGAUGAUGGACAGCCUGGUCCUCCAAAGGAGGGACUGCUGAAACCAGCCCCACCUGACACCGGUCCCCCGAAAGCCCAGGAGGGCUGCCUCCCAGAGAAACCCAGAGAGGAGGAGACAGGCGGCCCUGAGAGCAGUGAGGAGGGCCUGUCCCCGGAGGGUGAUGCCAGCAAGAAGACCUACAAGUGUGAGCAGUGUGGCAAGGGCUUCAGCUGGCACUCCCACCUGGUGACGCACCGGCGCACGCACACCGGCGAGAAGCCCUACGCCUGCACGGACUGCGGCAAGCGCUUCGGCCGCAGCUCCCACCUCAUACAACACCAGAUCAUCCACACGGGCGAGAAGCCCUACACGUGCCCCUCCUGCUGGAAGAGCUUCAGCCACCACUCCACACUGAUCCAGCACCAGCGCAUCCACACGGGCGAGAAGCCCUACGUGUGCGACUGCUGCGCCAAGCGCUUCACCCGCCGCUCGGACCUGGUCACCCACCAGGGCACCCACACGGGCGCCAAGCCCCACAAGUGCCCCAUCUGCAGCAAGUGCUUCACGCAGAGCUCGGCCCUGGUCACCCACCAGCGCACCCACACUGGUGUCAAGCCCUACCCGUGCCCCGAGUGCGGCAAGUGCUUCAGCCAGCGCUCCAACCUCAUCGCCCACAACCGCACGCACACGGGCGAGAAGCCCUACCACUGCCUCGACUGCGGCAAGAGCUUCAGCCACAGCUCGCACCUCACCGCCCACCAGCGCACCCAUCGUGGCGUCCGGCCCUACUCCUGCCCGCUCUGCGGCAAGAGCUUCAGCCGGCGCUCCAACCUGCACCGGCAUGAGAAGAUCCACACCACGGGGCCCAAGGCCCUGGCCAUGCUGAUGCUGGGGGCGGCAGGGACUCUGGCGGCGCCCCCGCCUGCACCCACCUAGGCGGCCCUGAGGGAGCAUCCCGGCCCUGGGGCAGCGAGGGCAGCAGCUGUGGGAGUGAGGGGAUGUGGCAGGAGGCCGGGGAGGUGCUGGCAUGGGGUGGGGCAUGGCAAUGUGGGAGGAGCUAGGGUGAGGAGCAGGCACGCAAGCUGCAAAAUAAAGGCCUUGGAAUUGAAGGGCAGCUUAUAGCUCUGUCUCACGAGGCCCUGGAGGCUGUCCGGGACCGGGUGCUUCUGGGUGAGCCAGGCUGGCAUGCUUGAGGCCUCCCUGAGUCAUCACUCUUGGGGCGUGAGCCCUCUCCUCCACAGCCGUGACCUGGCUUGGAGCCUGUUCCAGAGCGUGGGGCCAUAAAUCUACAGGCAAAGGCUUCUGAGCACAGGUUCCCAAACCUGAAGCAUGCCAGGCACUUCGGAAACUGUAGGCCCCAACCCCUUGGCGAGGUGUCUGCUGCCACCGUCACUCUCGUCCCAGGAGCACUGCCCACUGAGCCCUGGACCCUCCACCGGUCCCUUGGGAGCGAGCAGCAGGCCAGUGCCGGCUUGGGCACUUGUGCUCAUUAUCUCCUGCCCACCCUGUCUCCCAUCUCAGGCAACAGGGACUGACUUCCGUCUGCCUCCACUGGGGUAUGGCUGUCACCCAGUGAAAAUUCCUCACUUACCAGGGACCACUCCCUCCGGUCCCUUCUGAGGCUGCUGCCAGCAACCUCCACUACUGCUCACAUCCUUGGCCUGACCCUACACAUCCUUUAUAAUCCCGCAGCCUCCCACCCUCCAUCACUGCCUGGCUUUUUUACUCUUGGCCUUCUAGUUUUUUACUUCUGUAGCUUCUAUUUCCUAUUCUCUACUUCUUUUCUUGGGGAGGUGUGGGCUCAGCAUGCUUAUUAUCCAAGAUUUGCAGCUCAGCUCCCAAGAUAACAUGCAGUUCUGACACCAAGUGCCCUUGAGGAUCUGUGUCAGGGAGGCUGUUGCAACCUCAUCUGUCUCCGUGGAUCACAGGGCCAGCAGGGUGGCUGCAGCCCUGGUGGCUUCCCCCUCUAAGGCAUGUAGUCGUUUGAGAUGGUGGACGGAGAAUAGUAAUGACGGCUGCCAGUUGUUGAGCAGCUGCCCUGCCAGGCAUGGGGCCAAGCACCAUAUGUAUGUCACCUCUGCUUUCCACAACUCUGAGCAGUGGGUUUUAUAGACAAACACACUGAGAGCAAUAGUCCAAUGAUUAGCCCAAAGUCAUACAACCAGAGAACUGGAAGCUGGGGUUUUUAUCCAGGGAUUUUGUCAUGUAACGGAGGCCCUUAUUUCCAUGCACCCAAAAAGCUAUUGACUGUUAUUAGUGCAUAAUAUUGUGAGGCAAUGUUGUCUAAAGAAGAGUAAGAAAGACAGUAGACUUGACCUCCAGGAAUUCUGGACUCAGCUGGAAAUGGAGGCGGGGGGUGGCACGUGAAAUCAGACCAACACCAGGAAGGUGCUAACUAGCGGGAGGUCUCAGUGGGAUCUGGGGUUGAGUUGUCGGCAGGACUGGUGGAGAAUUAGACGGCUCUUAAUUAAAGAGUGGGAAAGAAGGGGAUUUCCUCCUGUCAGCUUGGCUCCGGUCAAAUCA